AUGGGUUCUCCGUCGCCAACUACCGCCGCCAUAGCUUCCGACUGGAGGACACAGAUUCAACCCGGAGGUCGGGAGAGGGUUAAGGACGAGCUAUUUGAGAAGUCGAUGAGAAUUUUUGUUCAACAUCACCAUUGGUUGCCUGGAGCAAAGGUCUUGUCAAGUUGGAAACAAAUCAUGACGGACUUGGAGGAAAAGAUAUAUAGGGAAGCAAACAGCGAGCCGGAAUACAUGACCACAAUCGCUAAGAAUGUGCUGAUUAUGGAGACUGAAUUCCCCACCAAGGCGCCAUUGCCCAUUGUUGAUAGCCAUUCGUUUUAUGAUAGUACUAAUUAA